CAGCAGCCUUAUCAAGGCAACGUGUUCGUGAACGAGCGUCGUCGAUACGUCGACCUGCGCGACCGUUUCGUGACGCGUCGUCACGUCGCCGAGAAGUACUACGAUUGCCUGCAGUGCGCCGAGCAAUGCCGUCACGCGGACUUCGGCAAUCCUAAUGGCAACAGCAGCGGUGGCGGCGGCAACAACAACAACAGCGUCAGCAAGAACAGCGGCGGCGUUAUCAGUCGAAUUCGCGGUACUCGCCGUUUGCCCGCCACGAGCGUAGCGUUGUACGGCAAGGACGUGUCGUCGCCCCCGCUCGACGAGGCGAAGAAGAUCCGCAACGGCAGAAGCAGCCUGUCGAGGCAUCAGUCUGCCCACCUGACGCCAGCCAAGAAGAGGUCCUCGUUGGCCCGGCCAGUCCGCGUCCACGACUCCUUUGUGCAGCCCAGGAGGCUGAUGGCGGCCGGCGACGAACAUUCGCAGGAGUCGGCCGAUGUUCCCGGCCACCAGGAGCAGUUCUUGCGGGACCAAGCGGGCGGAGUGUCGUACAAGAAUCCGUGGUGGUGGCAGGAGCAGCGGGAGCGCGAUCAGCAGCCUAACACGUCGAGCUACGCUUACCGGGACCCGGAGGAACGCGCCGGCGAGGACGGUUGGCCUAUCCGUCUGCGGCUCGAGCAGAUGCUGGAGCUGACGCUACCUCAGACGAAAAGGAGGAAGAAGAAGAAGAAGAAGAAGAAGUCGGCAGCGGCGACGAUGAUGCUGAUGAAGCAGCAACAGCGCAACAGGCAUGGCUUCAAGGACACCGAGAGGCUCCUCAAGGUACUCAGCAUUAACAAUGUGGACCAAGAUAAUAGGUACAACAUCAAACGUUGUUCCGUCAUGUAGAGUUAAAUGCGGGCGAAGGAGAAAUUCGAAGGGAGAGAGAGAGAGAGAGAAAUACGCAGAGGUAAUAAUUAAUUAAUGAAGUAAAGUAAAGUAAGUACAGCGUGUAACAGAGAUACCCUAGAGACUAACAAAAAAGCAGAAAACCAAGAAAAACAUGUAGGACCGAUACGUUCGUAUCUGGAAUACUCCGCUUCCGGGCGUUACUUGCGGCCAAGCGGAGCUGCAAGAAUCGAGACGUGGGAUUUGUUUCCGGUUUUUUCUCUCGGUCGAACUGCUCUCGUUCGCCGAGAUACGUUGCAUUCGUCGUGGCACGCGCGUGGCAUACAUCGUGUUUCGCAUUUCAUUAAUUAAGCUCUAUAGUAUACUGGAGUGAGCCAUCAAGCAGUGGAGAUGUAAUUCGUAGAAAAGGAUGCUCAGACCCGAGUCGAAAUUUUAAUCCUAUUUUAAGUCUAAUUUAGUUCUACAUUAAUAUGAUGGUAUUCAUAGUUGGACUUUAUAUUUAAAGUUUUCUUAAAUUCAUCUUCAGAUACUGAAUGGCCCAUCUCUUGGCUUAUCUCAUUAGCUACGAAAGAAAGGAAAUCUUAAAUAUAAAGUCCGACUAUGAAUAAAAAUAUUCAAUGAUCUUCUAUUAUGUUCCUUUGAUGCUGCAAAUAGGGAUGUUAUUGCCGUUUUCUCCAUUUGAAGACUUAAUGUAGAAGCAAAAUUUAGACUCUGGAUUCCCAUUUAUAGAAUUAAAGGUGCACUUAUUGUGCUCCUUUGAUGCUAUAAAUAGAAACUUAUUUUUCCCUCUAAAG